AUGUUCCGCUUCGCUUCCCCCACCCUCCGCCGCACGGCCCCCGUCCUCAACCGGCCGCUGUCCACCACCACCCACGCUCCUUCCCUUUCCACCCUCAAGUUCAACCGAACUCAACCGACACCCGUCUUCCCGAGACCGCUCGCGUGCUGCCCGCCUUCGACGCUGCUUCGCGGUCAGCUACUCGUGAGAGGCGCGGCGAGCCAAGUCUCCGGACGCCCCGGCUCGCAAACCGCGGCGCAGGCCGCGCAGAACAUCAAGGAGGAGGUCGGCAGCGCAGGCGGCGACUUCGCUAAGGCAAUCGCAGGAGGAAACGUCUUCUCAGAUGCUGUGGCGCCGACGCAGCGGACAUUCCUCGGGAUCACCAACGCCGUCGCGUAUGCCGUUCCUACCCCCUACAUCGUGUUCGGCCUCGCUGGCGGGCUGCCGUAUCUUGGUACAGCAGUCGCGAGCAUCUACCUGGCCCGCGAGGCCGGUAUUGCCACGACCGGCCUCAUGACGAACAUCGAUCCUGGCGUCGCGAUCACCGUGCUCGACCAGGCCCUCAACAUCCAGAUGACCUACGGUGCCGUCCUGCUGUCCUUCCUUGGUGCCCUACACUGGGGCUUCGAGUUCGCCGGCUACGGCGGUACGAAGGGAUAUCCUCGCCUCGUCCUCGGAAUGACGCCGGUCGUCUUCGGCUGGUCGACGUUAAUGAUGGAUCCCGUACAGGCUCUCAUUGCGCAGUGGGUCGGCUUCACCGCUUUAUGGUGGGCUGACCUGCGUGCUACCAACGCGGGCUGGGCGCCGGCAUGGUACUCGCAGUACCGCUUCUACCUGUCGAUCCUCGUCGGCACCUGCAUCAUCGGUACCCUCGCCGCAACCAGCUACUGGGGCCCCGUGGGUGGACAUGGGCUGAUCAGCCACGACCUCAACAUGAUCCGUGCUGAGCGUAAGCAGAAGCAGCCCGAGCGUGAGGGCCAUGUUGGUGGAGACAUUGAGGCGCUGCCAGCCCCUGAGAGUGCCGACUCGUACGUGAUUAUCAAGAAGAAAAGCAGCGACCAGAACGGUGACAGUGGUGCGUCCGAGUCUGGGUCUGAGCAGGGAGGAGAGGAGAGUAGUGAAUGA